AUGGGCUGCUACGAGGAGGUGGUCACCAUUGGGAAGAAGUUGGAAAAGAUGAUUACAGGCAAAACCGUCGACGAAAGUCAGGGCUUGGACCUUUUGAAGUCUCUGAAAGCUCUGCCAAUAACGUUGGAUAUCUUAACAAGGUCUAGGAUUGGAAUGACUGUUAAUAACUUUAGAAAAACCAGCAAAAAUGAGGAAGUUGGAACGCUAGCAAAGUCACUAAUCAAGUACUGGAAGAAAAAAUUAGCCUCAACAUCCAACAACAGCAACAACAAUAGUGAAGUUGGCUCCAAUCCUAAAUCCGACUCCUCAAACACACCGGCCAGCACAUCAUCUUCAACAACAACAACAACAAAAUACUCGAGUUUACCAAUCAAAGCCACUUCAACAACAAAUGCAGUUCGUUUGAAGUGCAGAGAAAUGUUGGCUUCUGCAUUGGAGUCCUCGGAGUACAAUGUUGACUUCAACAUACUUGCUGCAGCCAUUGAAGAUUGCAUCUACCAAGAAUUCAACAACACCGAAGUCAAAUAUAAAAACAGAGUACGUAGUCGAGUACUGAACAUUAGAGAUGUUAAGAAUCCUCAGCUGAAAAUUGAUGUUCUUGAGGGUGUCAUACCCCCAGAGAAAAUUGCUGUCAUGACAGCUGAAGAGAUGGCAAGUGCUGAAUUGAAAAAAUUGAGGGCACAGUUAACUAAAGAAUCCAUUGAUGAUCAUCAGAUGGCAAGCCAAGGUGGCACAAAAUCUGAUUUGUUCAAAUGUGGUCGAUGUGGCAAGCGAGACACGACGUACAACCAGGUACAGACAAGAAGUGCAGAUGAGCCGAUGACUACAUUUGUUCUCUGUAAUGCGUGUGGUAACAGAUGGAAGUUCUGCUGA